UACUAUGAUAUUCAUUUCAUUUCACAGGAAGAAGAUCUUCCAUUGAGCGUUAUUUGGUUUGUAGAAGGCUUUUUGUCUUGAAAUAGCUGAAACGACUGGUGUUUUAUUAUUAUCAUUCUCGUCAAGAACAUCACAUUCACAUUGAUAUGGGGUCUGAGUUCUCGAUGCACAAAAGAAAAGAAUACAAUGAACUAUCAAUUACAGAGCCUGUGGAGUUCUCUGUUCCCAAGCCUUACACCCCGUCAUACCGCCAUUCUUUGUUGAAAAUGAUUGGAGAAAUAGACAAGGAUAUCUACUCAGAGACACUUGAUUACCGACAGCUCGCACCACCAUCUAAGGCACUACCCCUGGGGACAUUGUCCUUUAAAGUGGAGUACGAAUCUUACGAAGAAAAGUUAACCAUACAUCUUGUAAAUGCCAAGCGACUUCCGGUUCGACAUCACGUGACCAAAGUAGGCGAAGAUGUAGAAUAUAACCCAGUCCCUUGUGAUGUUAAAGUAUUAAUCUGUUUGUUACCUGGGCAGAACGAAAAUCUUGAGUCUUCAGUAAAACAAGACAAUCGAGACCCAGUAUUUGAUGAGCUGUUUGUUAUCAAUAUAAGCAAACAAGAUCUAAGAAAGAGUAUAGUACGACUGUCAGUAUUUGACAGCAGAAGACUGCAUCAUUUAUGUCCCAUAGGGCAUGCACUGUAUAGUCUAAAGGCACAAGAUUUGGAUGGAGCCAUAGAAGUGCAAAGAGAAAUUAAGCCUCAAAGUCAGACCGACGGACACAGCAGAGGGCAGCUGUAUCUGUCUCUACAAUACUUAUCUUCACAAGGUCGAGUCGUUCUCAAAAUAAUCCAAGCACAAGACAUACUUCAUUUCGAAAAGGCAUGCUUCAAAGAAUAUUAUGUCAAAGUUUGUCACAUUUACACCGACCGCAAAGUGAAGACAAAACGUUCGUCUACAGUGGAAGGAACACGUAACAUGGUGUUUGAUUGUAGCUUCUCAUUCCCUAUUAGUACUCAAUUUCGACGAUACAAACACUUGGAAACUCCAUGGACCUAAAGUGGAACAAGUGAAUAUUCUACAAUAAACUUACGGGACUGAACAUUAACAGAGACAGUCAUUAGUUAAUUAGACCUUAAAAGUUUAUCUGUUAAGAAAACUGGUGUUUGGGAUUAUCUUUAUUGAUUUUUUUAACCAGGACCAUACUUCCAGACAUCGAGUGCUGAACCGUCGUAUGGCUUACGGCUACGCCGGAGAUUUCGAACCCGUCACCGCUAUCCCGGGAGGAAUUACAGACUGAUCAGGAAGCUUGGCAAAAGCCCAAGGGAGAGGUUAGUCGGCCCCUAGACCGUAGAUGAUUAACCCCUUGCUAUGACCAGCAGACCUGAUAUUUCGAUCGUUUCACUGAGGACUAAGCUUCCAUGAUCUCUCUUUUUCGUGUGGGAUGCGUUUUGAAAAACUAGCAGCCGACGUUUGUCACUAAAACGCUUUCGAAUAAUUCAAAACGUGCAUAAACGCACGCAUGCGCAAUUAUUCUACUUUCAAUUCAUUCCUAGUAUGAAUCUUACGUACCAAAACAUCAAAUAAAUACCGUGAAUUCACGGAAAUAAGUCUUCCCUCCAAAUUGAUCAAAAAAUUCUUUUCGCUGUCGAGGUGGCCUACUACUUUUCAACAUUCGAUUUGAACCCACGAUGUGUGCGCUCGCUCAAAAACCGCAGAAUAAUCUUCACGACUUUUUUGAAGAACCAUAAAUGUUUCGAACUUCAAGAGGGCAAAACCCUCAUAUUUUGCUCGGGACUCUGUAUUUUUUUUCUUCAGAAUAACAGAUAAUAUCCCAUUAUUUUUCAAAGUUUAAGACAAUUCUGUUUAUUAGAACAAUGUAAAAAAUCGUUCUGUUUGUUUUGUGCUAAAUUCUUUACGAUAACUUGCAUACUGUCACGCAGGGAA